CAGUCUUAAAACUAUCUGUCACAACAACUCUGAAUCUGUCCCCCGAUCCAUCUUGUUGGUCAAGUCUCUUAAGCUUCCAGGCGAGUUUGAGUGCCAUGGCACGGUUCAGAAUUAGCAGCGUUGUGCUGGCUUCGAUCGCUGUAUGGCUGAGCCUCUCGAUGGUGGCCAGUGCCGCUGAGAAUCGUAGUUCCAUUCUGAACGCGUUGACUGACAGUUUUGCGGACCACGAGGUGUUCGUACAAUGCACCUGUGUUUACGACACAUAUCGCCGCACUUUUACGCCUAAAUUUCUUCUGAAGCCCGGGGCUAAUACUUCGGUGGAAGUGGAUCGCUGCCCAGGAGUCAAGCAGGUUGAAUGCGAUGUCACCAGGUACUCCAGGCUUCCGUUGGCUCAGGAGAAGUACUACAUGAAACUGCUCGUUUGGUACUUCAAGGGGCCAUCGCAGACCAAAUUCAGAUUCGACAACAGCGUUUUCUAUUACGCCGUGGCUCCGGACUUCAAUUGGGUCAAUUCUGCGCUCGUCUGGAGUAUGGACGUGGAAUACUACUUCACUCCAAAGUUCCUAAGUCCGGCAUCUGAAAACGUUUUAUCGAAGAAAAUCUAGCCUUCCGUCCUAAAGGAAUGAGGACUGAGGAAUGGGAGCUAUUGCAUUCUACAUCUUUGUAGAGAUAAUAUCCUACUUAUUGGCCGGGCGAUGGUGACACCUUACUGGAGCAGUGUUUCCGAUUCACCUUGUUAGUCUACAAAAUGUAGAGAUAGCUCUCGUAGAUUGUGGUUGAACUGGUCCUGCUUCCUUCUUCUGGGCUUGAAAUUCAUGUACUGUGAAGUUACAAGACUGGAACAAUUAUACGACUUCAGUCAGAUGCACGAAAUGAAUCUCGUCUCUC